UGCUGCAGGACUGAACCGGGUCCAGGGUCCGGAGUCCUGCAGGCUGUGAGCGCGCUGCGGAGCGGGGGCGCCCCCUGCUGGCUGCGGACCCUCGGUGCAGGAACACCGACUGACAAAACACAACAAAAGCAGGCUGAACUAUCGGCAACAUCUCAUGUGUUUCAGCGCACAUCAUGUGCAAACGGCAGCGCGCGCAGCACGCGAACGAGCUGCGGCAAGAAUUCAAAUCAGAUGACGACGUUUAAAGUUGGAUUUUUCUGUAAUAUUUCGGGUUUCCGGAUAUUUCAGACUCGCUUUUGUUUCUGUGUAUUUUAAUAGGCGUCGUGUCGCUGCGGAAUCUCAGUUUUUAAUUGUUGUAUUUGUUUUUAUUUUUGUUUAUUACUUUGAGUCAGCGGAAGGAUCCGCAGCCACGGGCGCCGCAGCAGCUGGAGUCGCACUGCCGCCCGACGGUGCGUAAAAAGCCUUCCGCCGCGGUGGUUAGACCCCGCUCGGUCUCCGCUGCAAAGCGACAGAAACCCGCCUCGCAGAAGCCAUUUCACACGUUAAACCUGCUUCUAAGUCGGGGCGGACUCUGUCGCCGUUAUCUGCGCCGUGUUACCGCCUGAAGCGACCGUACGUGACGCGGUGGGAGCGGAGAGACGAGCGCGACAGCGACACGGACGGAGCUGCGGCGAGCGGGCGAACAGCAGCACAACGACCUCCGGCUCCUGCUGACAUUUUCUGUCCCGACACAGCAGCUGAAACACGGCCGAUCUGAGCGGUGAGAUGCCGGGGAUGAUGGACAAAGGCUCGGAGUAUUUGGGGAAAGGUCGCUCAAACGGCACCAAGAGUCCGUCCAACGCCUCUAACGGACAUUUUUCUGACGAGAGCGGCAGCGACGACGAACACGAUGUGGGGAUGCGGGUUGGAGCCGAUUACCAGGCCAACAUCCCCGAGUUCGAGCCCGGUUCCACUAAGUACUCGGACAAAGACGGCGGCGGGAUGCUGGUUUGGUCUCCGUAUCACACCAUCGUCGACUCCAAACGUAAGUCAGCGUCUCCUCGACGCGGCUGCAGUCCUCCAUCAGCUCCUCAGGUCACACUCAACCAACUGUGUGUGUUUUCCUCCGCAGUGGACGAAUACAUCGCGAUAGCCAAAGAGAAACACGGCUACAACGUGGAGCAGGCACUCGGCAUGCUCUUCUGGCACAAACACAACAUAGAGAAGUCUCUGGCCGACCUGCCGAACUUCACCCCGUUUCCAGACGAGUGGACGGUGGAGGACAAGGUGCUGUUCGAACAGGCCUUCAGCUUCCACGGCAAGAGCUUCCACCGCAUCCAGCAGAUGUUACCGGACAAAUCCAUCUCCAGCCUGGUGAAGUACUACUACUCCUGGAAGAAGACCCGCUCCAGAACGAGUCUGAUGGACCGGCAGGCUCGCAAACUGGCCAACAGGAGCAACCAGGACGACAGCGAUGAGGAGAUGGAGGAGGCCAAUCCCGUCGAAGCCAACGACAGCGACUACGACCCCAACAAGGAAACCAAGAAAGAGACCCAGGUGGAGCCGGUGGUGCCGGGCUUGAAGGUGGCUUUGGGUCGGCGGGAGCACCAGACCCUGCAGCACCGACACCACCAGCGGUCUCGCUGCCGCCCCCCCAAAGGCAUGUACCUGACCCAGGAGGACGUGGUGGCCGUGUCCUGCAGCGCCUCCGCCGCCAACACCCUCCUCCGUCAGCUGGACAUGGAGCUGGUGUCCCUCAAGAGACAGGUCCAGAAUGCCAAACAGAUGAACAGCGGACUGAAACACGUUGUGGAGUCUGGGAUUGAAGAGUUCAGGCUGCCCGAGAGUAACCAGAAGGUGAACGCCCGCUGGACCACGGACGAGCAGCUCCUGGCUGUUCAAGGUGUCAGGAAAUACGGGAAAGACUUCCAGGCCAUCGCUGACGUCAUCGGCAACAAGACGGUGGGCCAGGUGAAGAACUUCUUUGUGAACUACCGGCGGCGGUUCAACCUGGACGAGGUGCUGCAGGAGUGGGAGGCCGAGCAGGGAACACGGGCUCCCAACGGAGACAGCGCCACCUCUGGAGAGGAGGGGAAGAACAGCUCUGCCACUCCGUCAGGGAAGAGCACCGACGAAGAGGACGAAGAGGGUCAGGUGACCUCCUCAGGUGCGUCUCCUGCCGCCUCCUCGUCUUCUUCAGCUCAGAUUCUGGUGACGUCCAGCGCCUCCUCCACCUCCCUCCACCAGCCCCCUCCGCUCCUGCGGCCCUCCCUCCCGGCCACGCCCUCCCUGCACCGCCAGCCCCCGCCCCUCCAACAGCAGGCCCGCUUCCUGCAGCCCCGCCCCACCCUGCACCAGCCCCCGCCUCUCAUCCGCCCCUCCAAUCCCCUGCCCCCCCGCCUCAACCCCCGCCCUCCUGCUCCCAUGACCCUCUGCGGCAACCCCGGGGGGUCAGGUCCAAGCUCCGCCCAGCAGCCCCCCGGCCUGGCCGGCCACCAAUCAGAGACGGCUUCGUCUUCCUCCCUCCACUGACGAACGUCAGACUGAGUUUCUGCUGAGACAGAAGCUGCUGCGUUCAGGUCCUGUGGGAAAAUCUGAGUGACUUUACUCGUCAAAACGACGAUUUUCACUGCUUCUGAUCAGCUUUUCUCCUCUAACCACACGGGGACAUACAGGUGACGCGUUUACACAAAACAAAAUCCAAUCCAGGUGUUUAUUAUUUGGUGAACAGUAUUUUAGAGGCGGAGGUUCGUCUUUCCCAGAGGACUUACAUGCAGCGCACCUGCUGGUGGAUGGACACCUGGUUUUAAAACAUUUUGUAAAAGAGGUUUGACCAGAAGUCGUUCAGUCUUUAGGAAUCUGUCAGUGCAGAUUAUUAAAGCAGAGCCUUUUCAGCCAACAACUAAUCCUCAUCAGACAUGCGGCGUCCCACAUGGUUCCGUCCUGGGUCCCUUCUUCUUCUCCACCUGGACAUAACUGCAUUAACCACAAACAGAAGUGGCCCUCAGCAGCACCUGUACAACAUUUCAAAGCCAGUGCUUUAGUAACUCUCAGCUGCCUACUAGAUACUAAAAGCUGGAUGUUGCAUUAUUUUCUACGGCUAAAUAAUUAGGACCGUGAAUCACUGUCAUUUCUGACAUUAAGACGUUUUUAUUGAUUUAAUUUUACUAUCACCUUUGUCUUUAUCCUCGACCUCCCAGGGCUCGCUUCACGUAUACUGCACGAGUCUCCGUGUCUCUCGUUGAUUGGUCGGUCCACCGCACGCCACUUUGUUCUACAAUAAAUGAUCGCAGCAAGUCGUGGCUGUACUGAUCCGUAUUCCUGCUCCCCAGAGGAUGAACCCUUUAGAUUUGAAUGACCCCACGAUCUUCCCUCUAGCGCCACCCUCAGGACAAACUUUACAUUUUUUAGCUCCACUACUGGCGAGACUCUUAAUAGAUAAAUCAUCAGGAUGUUGUCUGUUCAUAUCGUGGCUGAAAUGGACUCUGCGGCCUCUAGGGGGCGCUAGCAGAUCUUAAGUUAAUUUUAUUUAUUUAAAAUCACAAAUCACAGAUUUGGCAAAGCGGCUUUAAAAUCUAGAAAAACUUGAGACUGACAGUCUUAUGUUACGAGGAUGAGUCUCGUGUUAUUCUACAUUCUUCUUACUUCCAUGUUCAGCCUCAAACCAUCAUGUCCGUCUGUCCCUCAGUACUUCCUGUCUGCGGCGCUCAGCUGCGAGCCCAUUGGUUCCUGCUGAAGACGUAAAUCUUUAAAUAUAUAGUUUCCUGUUUAAAAAGGCUCAGUCGUUUCCUCAAACAGCUGCUCGCUGUAGUUUUUAUCAAACAGGAGGAAACAGAGCGUCUGUUGGGGACUAUUUCCAGCGGCGGAUGAAUCCACAUGUGGUGCUGUAGUGAGUGUUUGGGGCAGCAGGACGGUGUGUGUGGGACUGAGGCAGAAUAAACUACAGUGUGUGUGUUCGUGGUGAUGGAGGAACAUGUCGCCCAGGGCAACAGAGCGGCUCGCUGAUGUGUUUUAAUAGUUUCUGGACGACGACGGAGGAAGAAGAUCCAUCAGCUGUGAUUCACUCUGAUGUUAGCAGAGACGUUCAUGCUGGUUUGAGUCUGAACAUGAAGAGAAGUACAGAAUAUCACCAGACAAGAUCAUGUGAUUUGUUGUCACCCAACAUGGCGGCGUGUCCAUGGUAACCGGCGGUAAAUAAGCUCCCCGACAGCCGUGGCGUUCGUGUGACAGGUGGAGGUCAGACUCACGGCCACGGCCUGUGUACAGUAGCAUCGGACGUCGACGUGUACAGUUCGGUUUCUGUUUGAAUAAUCAGUGAGCCGCCGUGUCCGUCCAAUCAGCCGUCAGUAACUCGUGAACUAACUGCGACAGAACAGCCGCCGCUUUUCGAAAAAAACACUAACGCGUCGCCCAGACGUCCUGCGGGACGCGCAGGACCCAGAACUCGUUUUCUGUAGGAGAUGUUCCUCGCCGUUCUUCUUCUAGUCGUUCUGUCGAAUUUUCUCGGAGUAGCUGUCGUUUCUCCUCGUGUUGAAGAUUCAUUUUGAAAGUGAAAACCACAUUUCGCCGUCUGUCUGUUCGGUAUUUAUUCCUCCUCCUGGUGCUGCCAGUCUGGACUUGGUGUACAAAUCAUUGUGAAAGUGCUCUUAAUGCUUUUUGGACAAACCUGUAUUACAUUAACUGUAACUGGAGUCGUAGAGUCCUCUGAGUUUCUGUGCAACCUGUCAGAUAUCGGUGUCGCGACGAAGCCGCCGUCUCUCGGAGGCUGGCGGCCGUCCUCAUUAAAAACUUUGUACCAUG